AUGCGUGGGCUUUGGCUUCUACCCGUGCUGUUACUGGCCACUCACCAGACAUGUUCCAUUAAGAUAGGAAUUUCGCACAACUACAAUAGCACUGAAUCACCGAUCCCGCCCACUACCACGGAAUCCCCAGCUACUACUGCUUCUUCGAGCAGUGGAGCCAGCAGCUCUAUUAGCCCAUUGCCGGACGUGGCCAGCACUUCAGGAAACACAUUUCCACCGCGAAUGCAACAGAAACCCCGGGUCACAGCAGCACCACCAACCACUUCGCCGACUCCUCCAGCGGAAGCUCAGCUUUUGAAUGCCACAGAUGCGACUGACACUUUGCCGAUACCCAGGAAUACCCAUAAUCUCGACUACUGCUCCUGCGAUCUGCAACCAGACGCAUGUGAUCUCAACUGCUGCUGUGACUCCGACUGCCCUCCCGAGACUCUUCAGGUGUUCAACUGCAUGUCCGGUUCCUCCUUCCCGCAGCUGCAAUCCCGAUUGGAGGACUUCCAGUACACCCAUGGCUUACCCUCCUGUCAGAUCAACGACGGGUGGCUGUGCGUUUUCCGAAGCAAUACAAAGCCGGCCAGGAUUCGACCGCAGAACACGAAUUUCGAUAGUUCGCAGCGUUACAAAUGGACGGACUACUUGGAAGCCUAUGAAUCGGACUCCGGACAGUCUCGGACAUCCCCAUCAUCCUACUACAAGUUCGGACAGCCUUUGCAAUUGUGGCAGGCCGAGUCCAGACAAUUGACCACUUUCGAGUUGCCUGCCGCCUACGAGAGCUCCCAUUGUCAGCUGAAGCAAUCGAUUAUGCAUCUGCAGCCCAUCAGGAGCCGCUGCAAGAUGAAGGACUCCUCCCAGCUGCAGGAGACCCUCUGGGGCAUGCUGAAUCUAACUUCCACAUACCAACUACUGGGCAAGCCCCGCGAUCCAGAGGAACAGGAAGUGGAGGGACUGGCCAUACAGGUCUGUCAGAGAGGAGACGAUAUGGCAUUCCAUUGUUUGGAGCGAGGAAACGACACCCAACUGGAUAUUAUAGUGGACAAAGUUGAACUUAUUCUAAUUCACAAUUUCACAAAUAUUCUAGAGGCGAAGAUUUUGUUGGAGGAGGAAAACGUGGCAGGCGAUGACAACGACUCACUAUGGCUGCACUGCAUAGUUAGGUUCAUCACCGUAAACGCUUCGCUGGCCAAGCCCACUUCGGGUCCACUGGGAUACCUGCCUGGCUCCCCCCUGAUCCUCUCCAGCAUGUUGCCACAGAACAACAGCGAAGACGAACGGCAAUUGAGCUAUUUUAGUGCUAACCGAAAUCUCGGGGAUUUUCACUGGCUUCCCCUGCCUCCUCGGAAACUUCCAGGAAGCGGCUGCCAACGCUCACUGGACCACAAGAAGGUUCUGCGCUUCGGCGUGGACCUCCUCACCCGGUGUCAGCUGCACCAAGCGGCGCCCCUGCUCCAGAAGGACGCCAACCACACCGAGUACUGCCAGGGUCUGCAGGCCCAGAUCUGGAGCCAGCUGUUGCCCCACGAUGGCGGCCACCUGGAUGACGUCGGCAAGGUGUUCGUCUCGCAGCUGGGCAGACCCGAGCGGGGCAAGUGGUUGCCCCUGCAACUGCGAUACCCGGAGAACCCCAAUGAGAUGCCGCCACCAGUGCUGGCAGUCUUCAACGAGGCAACGCAGAGCCUAAGCUGUCGGAACAUAUUCCUAAGCGUUGCCUACGAGUUCCACGUGGCAGAUCUGGCCUUGCUGGAGGGCAGAGCCCCUCAUCAGCGGGUCCUGCAGAGCAGCCGCCUCGUUUUGGGCCAGCGGCACGACCUGGAGUUCGACAGCCAACUGGAGGUGGCCCUUCCCCUGGGCAUCUCUGUCAUGUUCUACAGGCUGCAGGGCAAGGCCACGAGUGGGUCAGCCGGAGUGGCUCUAUAUGCACUGCUACCUGCAAUCUGGGGGUUUUAUCUGGGGAUCGCUGGAUCUGGGCUCUAGGCUGAAAAAUAAUGCAAAUAAGACGAUU